AUGGAUCAAGUGAACACAAUCCCGGAACCAGAAGGAGCAUCUAAUCCUACACAAGAAAGUACAUGUCCAACUCAGGAGGUAUCUUCUAAUCUGAAUCCGACACCUGAACCUGAUAUUGGGCAACAAGAAGAAAUUGAUACAAUUUUAGAACCUGCAUCAAAGAAACUUAGAAGUAAUGUGUGGCAAGAAUUUAAAAAGAUGAAAGUGAAUGGAAAAUAUAAGGCUGAAUGCAUCUGGUGUAAAAAACAACUUAGUGGCACUUCAAAGAAUGGAAAAAAUCACUUGAAAGGACAUCUCUUGAGUUUUAUUCAAAAAAAGAUCAAGACUAGAAACCAUGACAAAGGACAACCAUUUCUCCUACCGACUAUCUCAGAAGGAAAGCAAGAGUUGGGAAUUGGAACUUAUGAUCUAGAACAUGUGAAGAAGUUGAUUGCUGAAGCUAUUAUUAUGCACGAUUAUCCACUAUCAAUUGUGGAUCACAUUGAGUCGAAUCUUGAGGUUCAUUUAUGUUCCAGCCCCUCACACUAG